AUUUUUGUUACAGGAAAUUUUUACCAUUUCUUUGGGUAAGAAUAAUAAUGUCUCAAAUCUUGUUUGUUGCGAAGGUAUAAAAGGUAUAAAAGCUCGAUGAAUGCUCGUAUAUGGUACCAAAGAUAGUUGAGCAUUUGAUUUUGAUCUGUUCGGAAUAGAUCCACCACGGAUAGGAUAUAAUGUCGUAAUGAUCAAAUGAUUUCAUUCAAUAAUCAAUCGUUUUUUUCUUUAUUAUCCAUGUUUGUUUUGGCAUCAUUAGCUUCUGUGGUUAAAUCAUAUAAUAGUGGUCGAACGUAUUCAUCUGAAGUGGAAACUGAUCAUCAUGAUAAUGAUUAUGGAAAAGAGGAACCUGGCAUUGAAGCUGCAUUUACAUCAAAACAUGCAAUCGAAACGUAUUCAGUACCUACAAGUGCCGAACAUAAAACACCAGUGGUUGAUAUUAAUUCCGUACCAUUAUCGUUGAAAAUUCGUUUCAAUUCACAUUCAUCCAAUAUUGUUGCCGUACAGAAUCAUUUCGGUAGUCAUGGACAGGUGAAGAAAUCCAAUUCAAUUGAUCAACCAGAUAUAUUGAUACACAAUAUUAAAAAGCCGAUCAUACAAGAAAUUAGAGAAAGCAUUACACCGUACAGGAAAAGGAUUCAAGAGGUUAAACCUGUGCAUGAAAAAAUCGAAACAGUCAUUGCAACACGGCAUCGAUCUGGAUAUGGUCAUGGCUAUGCUGGUGGUGGUGGUGGUGGUCGUGGUCGUGGUAGCCAUUACGAUGAUUAGAAUGGAUGGUUUUGUUUUAGAAAAAUUAUAUAAAAUUUUAUUUAUCAAAAGAAAAUAGAAAAUAUAAAAUAAUCA